AUGCAGCUCUUCAAGGAGAUGUGUGACAAAGUGUUCAGCGCCGUUGCAAACGAUUUGAAGCGCUGUUCGGGGUACGAGGGGUACGCCGAAAAAUUUACACGCAUAUCUGACAAGGUCGUCGAGGGAACGAACAAAUUUUGGACGUCUAAGGACGUAUUGCUACCCGUUAUUCUGCACGUCGACUGUUGGAAAAACAAUUUCAUGUUCAAAUACGUGAACGGAACUGUUGCUGACGUAAGGGUUGUAGAUUUCCAGUUUAGCAAAGUGCACAGCCCGGCCGCCGACGUGCAGUGUUUCCUGAACGCCAACGCCAGCGAGCAGCUGCACCGCCAGCACUUUGACAGCCUGGUGGUGGAGUACCACGACGCGCUGCAGCGCACACUGCGAGCCCUGGGAUUGCACCAGCAGGCGGACGCCUACCCGCUGAGGCAGCUGAAGGCCGACAUGGACCGGGCCGCGGUGCUGGGACUGUUCAACUGCACGUUGCGCGGACUGCACCUGGGCACGGAGAGCCACUCCGACCAGGUCGGCCAGGCCUUCAAUAAAUCCGACGAACCCAGUGCGGCGCUAGCAACCACCUACGGCAAUCCCGAAUGUGUUUCCUACUUGAAGUAUAUUGCGCCCAUAUACGAGAGCAAAGGGCUUCUGUGA